AUGAUCGUCUAUGGUAAAGCUUGCCACCUUCCUGUCGAGUUAGAGCAUAGAGCGCUUUGGGCAUUGAAAUCCGUUAACUUAGACAUGACCGAAGCCGCUAGGAAACGAUUCUUUCAAAUUCAUGAGCUUGAGGAGCUUCGGGAUACGGCGUAUGCUCGAUCGUUAGGAAUCAAAGAGAAAACGAAGUUGUUACAUGAUAAGAAGCUACGGAAAGUGAAGGAGUUUAGCAAAGGCGACAAAGUGCUUCUUUACAACUCAAGGUUGAAGCUUUUUGCGGGUAAAUUGAAAUCAAAGUGGUCGGGACCGUAUAUGGUUCAUUACGUGUUUCCGUAUGGAGCGGUGGAGAUUAUGGAUGAGUCGGACGGCCGUAGUUGGAAGGUGAACGGCCAUCGUUUGAAACACUACAUUGGAGGAGCGAUAAACAAGGAUGAGAGGGAGGAAACUCCUCUCGAAAUCCCACCAAAAGCCGCCAACUAG